CAGCUGAUUUUGACAUUCUUGACUGCACAUGAGAAGAAUUAUGAAAACAAUUUAGAAGUUUGUGAAACUCAAUAAAAAUAUACGAUAAAAUUAGCAGCGUUAAUUAUAUAAAAUGGCAAGUUCGGUUAUUGUCGCCGGCAUUGGUUUGGCUGCGUUGGGUUUUGCUGGUAAGCAUCUAAUGCGUCGCAUGCCUGCUAUGACCACAAAACUAAGUGAAACCAUGAAAAAUCUACCAAAGUUCGAUGCUGAAAGCAUGGCAAACUCCAGAUACUACAAAGGUGGCUUCGAUCCUAAAAUUAAUAAACGUGAAGCAUCACUCAUUUUGGGCGUGAGUCCUAGUGCGUCCAAAUUGAAGAUAAAAGAUGCGCAUAAAAAGAUAAUGUUACUUAAUCAUCCGGAUCGUGGUGGCUCACCUUACUUGGCAGCAAAGAUAAACGAAGCUAAAGAUUUCAUGGACAAUGCCAAAUGAACGACGUAAAUCCAUUAUGUAGCCUAGUAUAGCAAUUAAUAUUUAGCAAUAGUAAAUAAAUCUUAUAUUUUUAAAUUGAUUAUGUAGCGAUUCCGUGAAAUAUUUUUGUUGUUUUUUGUUAUGUACAAAGAAAAUAAACACCUUGAUUGCA